GGGGGGGGAGCUCGCAGGAUCGCGAUCGCUAGUGACGCCGAGAGUUUUGACUGACAUGUGAUAACAGUGUUAUCAUAACACAUAAUAAAUAAGUUUUAGUUUAAAACAGUAAAACCGUAAAGUGACAAGCUUCGCGUAACGUGCAAUUUACCUCGAAUUAAACAGUAUUAAGUAAACAGAUAAUAAAAUAAAUAAAAAUGAACGUUUGUUGUGCUGAAUAUUCCUAUUAAUUUGCCAUAACCACAUACAUAAAUAAAUAGUGACAAUAUUUUUUCUACCAUGGCUGAUUUACAAUUAGACUUAAAUCAAUCUUUAGAGUUAAGGAUAGCACAAUUCAAAAAUGAUCCGGAAAAAAUUAAUGAUGUUAAUGAUUUCCUGGACGAGCUUAUAAAUGAGGCACAAGUGGAGUUGGAGCAUAGAAACAAGAAAACGCAGGGUAAAGCGAAACUGAUGGUGCCAAAAGAAUUGGGGCUUCCAUCACCAGGGCUAAAACGUCGGCAAGGACCUUUGCAUCAAGAAUAUUCACCACAAUUUGUCAUUGCACAAAUCAAGUUAAAAGUGUUAUCAACAAAAACUGAAAAGCGCACAGGUGUGAAUAAAAACGUUUUUAAUAUAUAUAUUUAUAAGGAGAUAUUUAAGGAGAUAAUCGAUGGUAAAUAUUCUCUAUGAUUUUUGUUUUGUUGUUGACAAUAUACGUAAUGUUUUUCUUUCUAAACGGAAUCUAAUAAAAUGUACUGUAAAACAUGUUAAAAUAAGAAUUUGAAUUGUAAAAGGGGCAUUCCACGUUACUCGGGAAUUUUUGUCCCGCCAGUCAAAAUUAAAAACCACACGUUAUUAAAGUUAUUUUGAAAUAUUCUUUAUUACACAGUAAAAAAAUUUGCCCGUGUAAAUUUUUUAGUGUAAAAAUAUUAGAGUUGAUUUGUAAGUGUAAAAGUUACACUACAAAAUACACUAGGUAGCAUUUAGUGCUUAUUAAUUUUAUUAAACACAUUUUAGGAAUAUGAACAUUAUUCGUUGGUACAUACACACUAUUUAUUAUUAAAAUAAAUCAAAAGGGUAGAAAAACUUAAUGUGAGUGUUUAUUACCCCUUAAUGUUUUAAAUAGUGACAAAAUGUACACUACUAGUGCAUAUCACAAUUAAAGUUAAAUUACACCAAUGGCAAAAUAGACUGAAAAAACUGGUAAUAACCGAAAUGCGUUUUAAAAUGUUUGGUUGGUACCUAUCUACCUACGCAGUGCAUAUCCGGAGAUACCGCGUUGUGAAAGUGUGGCAUUUUUGUUCAGUUAGAUUUUAAUUAUGGUGAAUCCAUAAGGGGACGUUCUUAUUUUUUGGUAAAUCCUUUUUAUUUAAGCCUUAAUACUCAAUAAAUACCAAUAUGUUAAAAGGAUGUCCAUACCCGACCUAUAUUAUAUAUCAAUAAUUUACUGCAGUAGGUCGGGUACUUGUAACAUUAAUAAUAUAAAUACAUACACACUUGAUUUACUUUUUAUUUUCAAGCGUUAUGGUUGUUAUAUUAAUCUAUACCUACAUUUUUAUUAAUAUUAUGGAAAAUUUGUACACGUGUGGUAAAUCCCCGACAUACAGCCGCCUGACGCCUCUCUACCAAUGGGAUCACCCAUUUUUUAUAACAGAAAAAUGGAAAACAGUAAAAAAUUCCAUUGAUCUAAAACUUUUACGUUUUAAGGAACCAUUUUGCUUAAGCCAGCCAUACGACUCAAAUAUAAAAUUAUAUUUUAAAAGGCACCGAUUUUGAUAUAAAAUUAUAUUUUAAAAGGCACCGAUUUUGAUAAUUUUCAUAGAAUUUUGUUUCAAAUAAAUGUUUCUCUUUAUUUACCUUUUCGUUUUGUUCACUACCACCAAUAGGUUUUACUCAAAUAAUAGUGUUAAUUUACACUAGAAGUUUGCACUAAAAGAGUAAAAGUACCUUUCUAAAAUUGGAACUUUUCCAAAGUAGUGUUAAUUUACACUGAACAAAAGUGGGAUUUUACCCAGGAAGUGUAGAAGUACACGAUUUUAGGUUAAUUAACACUUUUUAAUACAGUGUAAAAUUACUUCAACCUCAGUGUUAUAGUGUUAAAUCAUACUUGCUGACUUGGGGAAAAUUACGCUACAAAUUAACUCUAAUUGUAGUGUUAUAAAACAACACUAUUUAGUGUGGACCUGUGGGAACUCUAAUUAGUGUUGCUUAGAAUUGAUUUUUUUUACUGUGUAUUAAUUUUAUACCAUGUGGUUUUUACUCACAAUUUUUAAUUGUGACUGUCGGAACAAACACUCCCGAGUAUCGUGGAAUGCCCCAAAAAUUAAUUUUGAUUUGUUGAUUUUCGUUUUUAAAAUAGUAGGUACUUUUCAAAUAUUAUUUUAUUGAUGCAUUAAUUUUUAUACAUUUUUUUACCAUUAAAAAAGCAAGAAAUUCAACAAUGUAUCAAAAAAGUACAUAAGUUAUGGCGACCAUUAUAUAAUCUUACAAAAUGCCUUUUUUAUUAAUAUAUUUUUAAACUGGUAAACUGCCAAAUUUGCUAAAAAAAACAUCUCAAAUAAAGAAUUGGCACUUUUUGCACAAAGUUGGUAUACAAUGUUAAACAAUAAACAAUAGUAUAUUGUGCGACUAGUGGGAGAAAAAGGAGAUUCCUCGAGCGUGGAAUCUCGUCUUGUGACCGACCAAUAGUCUCACACAAUAUUUUAUUCAACCACCGAAAUGCUACGUCAAAUGAUUGCUCGUAUAAUCGACCAUUUUCUUCACUUGUUGCAAAAUAUAUAACAUAAACAACACAAUGGAAAUGCCAUGUCAUAAAAAAUAAAAAAACAGUUUUUAAUGUUCAUAUUUGGUUGUAUAAAUUUAAUACGCAUUCUGUAAUAUAUUAUGUUUGCGGAAAAAUGUUAAAAAUAUCCAAUUAUCUAAAAAAAAUUAAAGCUUUAAUUUGUCAAACAUAAUAAUUCUGAAAACAGGGUGAAUAGAAAACAUUUUCAAGUUUCCAAUCCGAUAUACGGAAAUCAAACAAAACCGGAAUCAAUUUUUUGGGGUGUCUUUAAUAAUGAGUGUAAAGAAAGUUAAAGAAAACAAGCUUGGACGCGUGAUCGACCUUUAGCAGGUGGACAGCGCGGUCCUAAUUGGCUCGUGCCACCCUACAUUUCUUGUCUUUAAAAAAAUAAAUAUUUUUUUUAUUUAUAAAAAUAUAUCAUAUAGUUUUUAAUAAUUAUUUUUGUAAAGCAUAAUAAUUAUUCAACAGUUAUUGUAGGAUAUAUUAAAAAAAAAAACAAAAAUCGAUAAACCACUUAAAAAAAAGGACAUUUAAAACCUGUAAACAUGAUUGUAUUAAAAAUGUAAUUGAAAUUAUAGGGUGACCAAUGAAGUUAGUCCACAAAGCAAAGUUAAUUAAAAAACCUUUUAGUAAAAAUUAACUUUGCUUUACGGACGAACUGUUUUGGUGACCCUAUAAUUUCAAUUUUGUUAGUCAUUGAGUUAUUGGUAAGGUUUAUAUCGCAAGUAAAGAAUAACACGAUUUUAACUGGUUUUAAAAAGGAAAUUUGGGCAUAACCAAGUUAUAUUUGCCUUCUUUGAUGCACUUGUAUGAAAAUCUAAUUUUUAGUAAAAUAUAGUUUAAACAUACAAAAUGCACGAACGAAUAACGAAAUAUUACAAAAUUGCUUGAUGAUAACGAUACAAAUUUCUCUUUAAGUCUUCACAAAGAGACUAAGAAUUUCCAAAUAAUUCUUAUAAGUCUUCCCAAAAUAAAUAAAUUACAAGAGGUAUUUACAAUCUGGUUGCCUACCUUCAUUAUAGCAAACAGUUUGUUAACUUAAAAUAAAGCUUCAAAAAAAUUAAAUUAAAACAAUGCAUGAUUUUUUAAACGAAUCGUGUAAAUUUGUUUCUAUUCACCCUCCAAAUAAACUUAAUUGUGGAUAAUUGGGUACGAAAAUAUAUAUUAUAUAAAAUAUAAGAUUUGUUUGUUUGUACUACACUAAGUAAGGAAGUGAAGCAAUAAGUACACCUUUGUGGUCAAAAACACAAUAACACUGAUGCACAUAGUGUGGUAUCAGCAAACAUUUCCAUAAUAAAUGUAAGUAAAUAUGUCUCAAUGUAAAAAAAUCGUGUACCUAUAUACUUACCAUAAGUUUUGUUAAAAAUUAUCUACCUAUUGGAGUAGGUAAAAUAUAGUAUUAUACUCAAGAUUGCGCGCAUUAUCUCUUGUAUAAUAAUAUACUAUUUUUACAAGAAAAAACAAUUUUCUGGACUACUCUAAUGCCCACUUAAUAUAUUGCAAUAAAAUUACAGUAUUAAAUGAUUUAUGUUUUGUUGGUAAAAGUUAAGUUAGCGAUGCCUAAAUAUAUAAAUAUAACAUUGUUGUUGUUUUAUGUAGAUACAAAUUAAUUUAUUAUUUGGUUUGGAUUAAUAAAAUAUCUGGCAUAUCAAAUAAGACUUGCACAAAAUUUUAUCUACAACCGUUAUUUUUUAUAAAUAAUAAUUAUUAUGCAAAAUAAUACUCCUAAUAAAUUAUUGUAUAAAAAUCAAGACAAUCAAAUUUCGGAAUAAUUAUUUAUAUUUUUGUAUCCCAACAUGGGUACAAUAUGUGACUUGGAGUGACAAAAAAUAAGAUUUAAAUGCAUUUUCUGUAAAAGAGCAAAAAUAAAAAAAGAAAAUGUAUUUUCUAUCUGUGCUUUCAGUCAAAAACACUAUCUAUGUAGCAAUAUUGGUGGAGUGUUAACAUAAUUAUGUUGUGAUUGAUAUAUGUAAAUAAACUUGCUGUUGAUAUAAAUUUUCUUUAUUUAACCCUUCACAUAGGUACAUAAUAUUAUUUUAUUUGAUACAGUAUUAUUUACAUCAAUAAAUGUACAAAUACAAGAAUGAACUAUCCACUUAAUAGAUAUUUACUUACAUUAUAUAGACAAACAGUUUUACAAUUUUUAUAAAAUAGGUUGUGAAUGCUAAAAGGGGAAAAAAUUCUACAUGUUUGUUUUGGUUUUGGUAAAGAAUUAAGCACAUGGGAGUAAUUAAUAAUCAAUAAAACUAUUGGGGAGUUAAAUUUUAAAUCUCUACUCUCACAUUCAAAAAUUUUAUUUCCAUACUCCUCCCAGAAUUUAAUAAUCAAUAAAUUAAUUUCUUCUAAUUGAGUUUCGUUUUUAUUUGACAAUAUUUCAUGGUUCCAAAAGUUUAUCCUAUUUUUUUGUAGUGUUAACAAUUUACUCAUUUGCAAAGCAAGUCCUUUUAAUUUCUGCCGUUUCUUUUUUAUUACAUAUUUUGUUUGGCAAAACAAAUUUUGAUUACAAUUCAUGUUUAAACUCUCUGAUUCUACUCGAGACACUAAUUGACUGGGAUAACUUUCAAUACAAUUUGUUCCCUCAAAAAAAUUAAAAGAGGAUUGCGUUUCUCUUUGUGAAAUACCUGGGCUGUUAGAAUACGAUUCAUUAUUUAAAUUUAAAUUAUUUUUAAAUUUUUUUCGUUUUCUUUUUAUGAUUUUUUUAUUUUUAAUUACAGGAGAUUUAUUAGUAAACUUACAUAUUUCUUUUCCCUUUUCGGAAGAAUCUGGUUUUAAAAAUAAAUUGUUUUGUUGAGUUUUUUCAUCCUCGGUAAUUUCUCUGGACGGAUCGAAAUAAAUAUGCUCGUCAUCCGAUGAUUCCGAACUGCUCCAAGUUAUUUCCACCUUAUUUUUAACGGAAGUAUUGAACGAAGAACAUGUGUUUUUUAUCCAGUUAAUUUUUCGUUCCAUUCGAGUUUUAAAUUAAACGCCAAACAUUUAGGUUAU